UCAGGGAAGGCGGGACUGUAUUAGCCGGGCAGGGCGUUCUUUCUGCGGUCACAGGCGGCGUAGUCGUUCUAGGGGUGGGUCUUUCUUGGCAAAGGAAAACCCACCUUUUUCAUUGUUUGGAUCUCGAAGGAAUGUGAUGGUUUGAUCUUGCGGCGCAAGGGAGGGGGGUGAGAGAAGGAACUAGCGAGGACCCUGCUGAGAGCUGCUUUAUUCAUCCUCAAAAAGUCAAACUCGACUGAGUACUUUGCCCUUCCAGAGAGCUACCUCCGAAAAAUUGUGACCGUUCUUCUCCCGGUGUUUAAGGUAGUCAAAAAUCACUUGGAUAACCAGUGAUAGUGGAGACAAGGCUGAAAUAAAAACGUUUUCAAAACAUCCUCCUGAAAGUAGGAGGAAAACGUGGACCUGUCCUUUAUAAUUUCUUCUUAAGAGUCCCGGAACCACUUAGAAAACACCACCAUACAAAUGUGUACCCCUCCAUCAAACAAUCAUAAAGACCUCACAGUGGAUUAGUAUCAGAAAGAAAAAAUGACAGACACAACAAGUCGCCAUCUGAGACACAAAUUGCAGAAUCUAGGACGACGUCUGGAUGAGCUUGAGGAGGCCAGAGGCAAACUACAGAAAGCUGAAGAUGAACUUCUUGACAUUCAGGACAAAAUCAUUCAGGCUGAGGGGAGCAAUUCCUCACUGCUCGCUGAUGUGGAGGCAAUGCGGAAGAGAUUGCUCAAAAUUGAAGGCAAAGAUGAAGAGGUCAGGAAAGCGGAGGAUCUUUGUCGUGAGGUUAGAGAGAAAUUAGAUCAGGAAGAGAAACUUACCAAGGAUCUUAAAGCAGAGAUUGAGCGUCUUCAGCGUAGAAUGACUGAACUUGAGAAGCUUGAAGAGGCUUUUGGUAAAAGCAAGUCAGACUGUUCCCAGUUGUGCCUUAGUCUUAAUGAAGAGAAAAACCUGACCAAAAAGCUUGCAGCAGAGCUUGAUGCUUUGAAGGCCCGUGUCAAGGAAGUGGAUACCUCUGAAGCUCGACUAGACAGGGCAGAAAAAUCCUUUACUGCAGAGAUGGAGAAACUAAAGAGUCUCACUCAGACUUUUGUGACCGAACGCAAAAGACUUCUGGAAAAGCAGAGAGAGGAUGAGAAAAUCAUUCUCAAGCUGACUGAGAAGCUUGAACGUCAGAAAAACAAACUAGGCCCAGCAGACCACAGCCGAUUUGAUUCUAGAGAUCUUCGAAUCGAAGAUGAGUUCUCAGCAGGCCUUACAUGCAAACUGGCCAGGAAGAAGAGUCUUGACUACUUGAAGCAUUCAGGUGACCUAGAUUUGAGAAAUGAGUCGGAGAAUGAGAAAAAUAUCUUAGAAGAGCAAGAAGAUAAUAAGGUUAAAGACCUCAGCCAAGAAGUGGAAAGACUGAAGAAUCGUUUGAAGCAGAUGGAGUUAGUGGAGGAGGACUUGAAGAACAUGGAAUCCAAGAAUGCUGAAUUGAUAGAAAAGUACCAGCAGGAGAGAAACCGUAGUCAAGCUCUCCAUGACCAGGUUGAGCAGAUGAAAAUGCAGCUCAAUGGUUGCAGCAGUAGUAAUGGAAACUCUGCAAUUGCCAGCACUACAAAGGUCCUGGAGAAUGGCAAGGCAGAAAAUGAAGAGAUCAAUGUAAGAGGCUUCAGACAGGAGAAACCUAAAUUGCUAAAUAGGAGUCCUGCUGCUUCUGAACCAGUCACCUCAAAGUACAAAAGCAGAGAGGCGUCUCCUCAGCAGAGGCGAGAAACUAAGCAGAGGAACAAAGACCUGUGUCACUCCACCGAAAACUCCCCAAAGACUGUACGAAGGACUCUUAGUCCAGCACAUAAUGUCAGGAAAGGUAUGAGGACUGGUGCUUCCAGUACUACUUCUGAUAAUGGGUCAAAAGAUAAUGGGACAAAAGAUGGAAAGAAAGAUGAAAAAAUUGGAAGUGCCUCAUCAAGUACUCUCACUGAAAGCAAGAAAGUUUCAGUCCUUAGUCGCUAUCCUCCAGCUGCUAAUGACCAAAAGUCUUGGAAGCCAUCGGUCAAGCAAAACGACAGUGAUAGCAAUAAGAGUCGAACAGAGAAGUUGUCCAGGUACCCUGGAAAUGAUAGUGAAUCAAACAACUCUGAUGGGUCACUCCUAAUUUCAGCCAGUGCUGCUGUCAUUGCUUUAUCAGAGAAAGGACUAACCGAACCUGAGAGUCUAGAUCAGGAUGCUUCUGCAAUGUUGAGUAUGUCCAAAGCAAAUGGUUCCUAUACUGCUUACAGAUCCCAUGUAUCUCCAUCUGUUCUGAGUGACCAUGGUUCUGAUGGUCACUCCUCAGCCUCUGAAACAGAAUCCACUGGCUCCAGACGCUCGGCAGGUGAGCAAAACGACCCCCUGAUGUCAAGUGGAAGAAAAUAUAGAUACUCACGGCUGCAAGAAUCUUACUCUGAUGGUUCCUCAAAGGUCCCCUUCAGCGAGGAGCAACACAGGCCUCUUACGGUGGAAGGGGAUACCCAGGAAACUACGCAUUCUACCUCAGGUAUUGAGGUCCGCAGGGUAUGCAGCCCUCGUGAAGCCCUCCGGUCAAAAGCUAUCAUCAAGCAAGCCAUUGUUGAGAUUGAUAAAAAGGAAGUGAUGUCUGGGGGAGUCACAGAGCCUUUGACCACCAGUAGGAAACCCAAGAUCUCCACUAAGCCAGUAUUGACUAGCAAGAUGACCAGCAGUAUCACCUUCUAUCCCAAUGACCCCAGCUCCUCUCGAACAAGCAGUCGGAGCAGUAGUUUAUCAAGCGAGCCCCCUUCCAAGGAAAGGCACACUUCCACAAGUAAUAUUGUCAUCAGCCCCAGUAUUGAGCACAGAGGUAGCAUCUCUAUACCUUACGAAAUAUCCAUCCCUAAGAGUGAAAUCACUCUGCGUCAAAGUGAGGCUGAUGCGAACUUCUCUGAAACUCACAGUUACCGUGAGACUGCUCCUGUGGAGGCAGCCCUCGUAUCUCAAAGCAGCUUCAGCCUCCAGACUUCAGAAGCUUCAGACUUGAACAAUGACAUUGAGUCUGCCUUUGAGAGCAGCAGUAGCAGCACCACCAUGACCAGCUGGAGAGGCCACCACAACCACAACUCAUAUGAUGACACUUUGCCAGAAAUGAGAAACGUCACUGUCAGGAGCACUUGGAGGAGCCGUGGGACAGCUUCUGUGGAUGAAUUUGCUCGAGCACUAAGGCAAGAUGGCUCAGAGGAUGAGGGCGAGUCUGCAACCACCUGGAGAGCGUAUAGAGCUACUACAGUGAUGGACACUCCAUCGAACUCCAGCACUGUUGCUAAUUGUGGAGGUAAACCAAGCCCAGUCGAAGUAUACAUGCGUAGGAUCAACAAUGCAGCACCAUCGGUCCCUGAUCUGGGACGACGGAACAAGAAGACUCCUUCACCAGAGAGAGCUAUUGCACACGAGCCUGUCAGUGCUCAGCAACUUCAGCCAAGAGGCCGUAAACACCCCAUGUCUGCAGACGAUCGAGAAACUACUCCAUCCUCAUGGCGAAGGCAGCCCCCAGGUGACGUGGACCUGUACGAUAGGUCUGGGAGUCGUGGAGCGUGGUCUAGCAGAAACCGCACAGCUGAUGGAAGCCGGUCGUGGUCAAAUCGCCAUCUGGACAACUGACCCAGAUUACCCACAUUUCCAAAUAGAGUUCCUACAUCUCAAAGUGGCUCUUGUGCGCAAGGAAUGAAGCUCAUCUCAUCUCUUCAGUUACACCAUAUCUUUAAAUACCAUCAGAUGAACAGAUUUCCAGGCAGUGACCCCUGGGAACCUCCUCAUCGUGCUCUUACAUCAACAACACCUGUAUUGAUUCACCAUCUUCCAGCUGUCGUUGGGGAACAGAAGUCACAUGUUCCUACAGCGAUGAAUCCUCUUCUGCUCCUCGUAGUGUAUUAAAGUCUUCAGAUGUGACAAGGGAGAGGCGCAGACAUGUGACUGUCUUGGUGUUUGGAGGAUGUGAAAGGGGCUUUGGAUCAGCGUUUUGAGAACCCCACACAGUCCUCUCUGGUGCCACAGGUCCAAACUUGAGUUUCAUGUGAUUUCACAAGGAGCAAGUUACAGCUUGUGGCUUUUUAAGUAGUUUGACUAUCUCACUUUUUUUCUGGAUGGUGUUUAAUUCAGGAAUUCAUUGGGAUUAUUGCACACAGCUAAAAUUCAUUGAUGAUCCAGGCGUUCACACAUAGAGCCAGUAGUCAAGUCUUCAGUAUGCAUUAAUGUACAUAUGCCCAGUUUUUCAUGCCUGGUGCCCAGGUUUAUUUGAUCUCAUUUGUAAUUUGCUCCUUGUAUCUGAUCAUGUCUAUUGAACUGUAUUCUUUUACUAGUUUGUUUAAUUCCUUCAUCUUCAUCUCUUUAAUUGGAUUUGAUGGUCUCACAACCAGCAUAGCGAAUGCACAGGACCACCAACACUAAAAAGCUGGGAAACGCAUCUGCAUGUUGACUCUUCCCCGUCUCAGUAGCUCUGAAGGGAUGUUGGCUUUGGAUUCCAAACCAGCUAUAGAAGAAUCCAAUCAUCUAGAGCUCAUCUGGAUGUGACCUCGUCCAUCUGGGUAGCUAACCGGGAUUAACCCAAAUGCUGGACAUUUAUGGACGAUUUUCAGAGCAGACUCCUCACAGCCGCUCUGUGACUCUACUCGCAAACUUUGCACAGAAAGACAUUGAUCCGAACUCUCAGUGUGUCACAGGAAACCAGCGUUAGGGA